AUCUCAUUAACUUUAACCCUUUGAGGACUUGGGAUAUGACUUGAAUACUUGCUUGUCCCACCUCUGCUUCCUUCUUUUUACUGCUUUGCUAUGUGAAACCUUAAGUAUGUCUGCAUAGUUCAUCAAACUCUUGCUUCAAAAGAGCAUUGAAGAACCUGUUUCAUGAUAGUUGGCUCUUUACAUGGGACAAGUUAAACAUUUAGUUGUUUUUAUUCCUAUUUGAAUGUGGGUGGGGGGGGGGUGUGAUUAUUAGUAUGUGUGUGUAUAACAUUUAACUUCUCUGAACACAGAAAAGUGCACUUUCCAGAAGAAAAACAAUACCAGAGAAGAGGAGCGUUUAAAUAAAGCCUGUGAAGGUGGCAUGGAUUAUGUUUAUAAAGCCACAGUGUUGGGGAUGAACCAGACAAUGCACACUGACAUCUAUGACAUGAUGGUGGAGAAGGUGGUGAAAGAAGGCACUGAUGUAAAUGUUGAGGGGAAAGUGAGACCAUUUUUGGCUCGUCCAAGUUGCAGAAACCAUUUAGCAUUGAUAGAAGGCAAGUCGUACCUCAUCAUGGGCAGAUCUGUUGACCUGCCAGAGCUCGGGGGAAGCCUGCAGUAUGUUUUUGGAGAGCAGACCUGGGUUGAAUACUGGCCUACAAGAGAGGAAAGCCAAACUCCAGAACACAAGGAGCGAUACAUCGGUAUCUCUGACCUCCAGAACAGCCUCAUCAAUUUUGGAUGUUCUACAUAAUUAUAUAACUCCUAUUUGUUAGUCACAGAACGCUCUCAUUAAAUCUUAAAUAAUAUUGUUUGAGCCAAAUUACUUUUUUUUUUUUUUACAAUUUUGAAAAAUAAUUGACUAAACUUGAAAAUGUUCAUUUUAGAUGCCCGACUAAUUGAUUAUAGUGGGAUAAACAGUGCACUGUAAGCAUGUUCUGAUUAUUCUGAUGUUUUAUCACAAAUCCAACAUUAUAAUUAGCUUUGUGACAUUAAAAUGAUUGAAAUAUAA